AUGGCACCUGGUGAUCUAAACUUGAAAAAAUCCUGGCAUCCAGGGUUGAUGAAAAAUCAACAAAAAGUUUGGGAAUUAGAACAAGAAGCAUUACAAGAACGUAAAAAAAUUCAAGAGCGUCAAUUAGAAAUUGCCAAAGAGAAAGAAUUAAAUGAAUUAAAAGCUUUACAACGUGCUAAGAAUGGUGAUUCUAGUGUUCAAAAUCGUAUGGACUGGAUGUAUGAUAAUUCAGGAGUUGGUGAUGGUGGGAAAUUAAUCACAAGUGAAGCUGAAGAAUAUUUAUUAGGUAAAAAAAGAGUUGAUUCAUUAAUUAUUAAUAAUGAGCCAAAAGAAGUUAAAAAAUCUGGAUUUGAUAAGUUUGAAGAUAGUUUCAAAACUAAUGAAAGAGAUGAAUUAAAUAAAUCAAGAGAAGAUCCUAUGGCAAAGAUAAAAGCUCAACAAAUUAAGAAAUAUCAAGAAUUACAAGAGAAGAAAAGAUUAGAAGAGAAAUUAGCAUCGUCUUCAUCAAAAUCAGGCUCUCAUAGCUCACAUAGCUCAAGACAUAGGUCAUCUAGAGAUGAUGAUUCAGAAAGAAGACACAGAAGACAUGAGGAUGGUAUAAAUAGAUCAUCCAGAUAUGAUGAUGAAGAUAAGAAACAUAGAAGACACGGAGAUGAAGAUAGAAGGCAUAAAAGACAUUAUGAUGAUGACAAACUUAGAUCAAGAAGUUUAAGAGAUGACAAAGAAAGAAGAGACAGACACAAAGAUGAAACUGGUAGGGAAAAUAGUGAUAGACAUAGAAGUGAUAGACAUAGAUCAAGUCAUCGCUAUCGUGAUGAAGAAGAACGUGAAAGAAAUGAUAAACACAGAUCAUCUAGAGAUCAAAGAGAUAAAGAUAGAGAACAUCAUUCAUCUUCUUAUAGAUCACACGAUGAUAAAAGAGAAGUCAAGAGUUAUAGAGAUGAUUAUCGUGAACGUGAUCAAGUCACUAGAGCAGAGCCAAAUGAUCCAGCAAAAGAAAGGGAAUCAAGAUUACGUCAAAUGCUAAUUGAAUCAAAAGGUAAACAUGAUAGAAACAACGAAACACCAUUGUUAUCAAGAGAAGAAGAACUAAGGAAUAAGUUCUUAGCUUCAAAAGCUGCUUCGUCUUCAUCAUCAAAAUAA